ACGUGCAAGGCGCAUGCGCGCGAUCGUGUUCUAAAUUCAUUUAAUAAUUAAAUUAAUUUUUAUAUGGCAGUGGUGACCCGACCGUGUGGUGAUUUCCAUUGUGUAAGAGGCAAAUCAUGCAUAGGACGGACUUCUAAAUCUAGCUGGAACCUCAAAUCAGUAUGCGACUUCAUAAAAACACAGCUAUGCACCAUAGCAAUAUCUCUGACGCUGUUCAACUCAGUCCGACUGCCGAAAGAGGCGUUUAGACAUGGAGCAGUUCCAUACCUGGUGGUCUACUCAUCCUGGCUGCUGGUUGCUGGGUUGCCGACCACAUUGCUGCAGCUGGCUAUGGGACAGUUAAGCCAACAGGAUUCUGUAGGAGUUUGGAGGGCUGUGCCUAUUUUAAGAGGUGUCGGCCAUUUAAAAGUGAUGACGUCAUACAUUUGCUGUGUGUACUACAUGAUGUAUGUUGCGUUGUCGUCUGCUUAUCUCGUUUGGAUAGGCAAGGGGUCUUUUCCUUUGAAAGAUUGCACUAAACUGCAUAUAACGCCGUACGGAUAUGAAAAUAAAAUGAAUGCAACCGAGUGUUUCAAUUCAACAUUUUUGGCGCCUUUCACGGAAUAUCCUCAAUAUCUUGGCAUAAUGGCAAUUUUAAUAUUUCUUCUAUGGUUCUUCGUGCCCAUUCUAUUAUACCGCCUCUACAAAACACUAAAAUCAACACUGGCCAUUAUAGCAAUAAUCAUAAUAGUCAUCGCCAUACUCCUGUCCUUAUUUCUUGGCAAGACCACAGUUCUUGAUUCAAUGUUCGAGUCUUGCGUGCAAUGGACCUCACUGUAUCAGCCUUAUAUUUGGCACAGUUCACUGGUACAAGCGUUAAUGUCCACUCAAGUUGUUAGCGGUUACUUGACUAGCUCAGGCGGAUCAGUUUACAGACAUUCUGAUGUUCGGUGGACUUCAGCACUGGUUAUAAUGACGAGUAUAUUCUCUGGGUGGCUGUGGGUGUUACUCUGGGAGUCCAUUGGCGGUAAUGGCAGAAAAGAUACCAGUUUCAUAUCAAUUCUAGUCUUAAUAUACCAAUCUUCUGUGUCCGAGAGAAGGAAUAAGGAGUGGCCUUUGCUUGCAUUUGGAGUAGUAUUCUUUUCUGGUAUUAUUAGUGUGCUGAUACUCCUAUACCCAGUGUACGACAGACUCCAACGAUUGACAGGAGACAACUGGCGUAUCUUCGCCUGUGCAGCAUCAGCAGUAGGCACAGCCCUCACGGUUGCUGUACUGGCUCGAGGGUUGGAAGUAGCCACCAUGCUAGAUGAGCUGAUAGUACCAAUGUUAGCGGUGUUCACUUCUGCUGUUGAGGUGGUUGGAUUUGUGUUUAUUUAUGGUUGGUCGUACCUCACAGUGGACAUCGAAUUCCUCACCGGGGUAAAACUCCCAUAUUUCUGGAUCGCCACCUGGUGGCUUACCCCGGUCCUCUUUAUAGGAGUAUCAGGGUGGUGGUUACGGGCCCUACUCCGGGUGUCCUGGGGCAAUGGGUUGACCCUAUGGCCUUUGUUGGCAGUCUUUGCAGUCAUAUUGGUGAUAAUGGUCAUGCUGGCAGCAGUGGCUGUGGCUAAGGAAGAGCAGUUUAAUUUAGUUACUAAAAUAUCAUCAGCAUUCCGCCCAUCCCGGUUAUGGGGUCCCGAAGAACCCAUGGCGAGAUACGUGUGGAUGUCACAACGAUAUAUCAACGAAACUCUAAGCACUGAAAACGAUACUAGUUCCGAACAAAACAACUACUCAACUAUCAUGUAUAACAAAGAAAUGGACAAAAAAUAUCAAGAUGAACUCUUCAGAAACGAUCUAUAUCAAAGGACCUAUAAUAUUUAUAACAAAAACGACAUUAUGAACCAAGAAAAUAGCACUUAUGGAGGAAUCAGAUCAAUAUAUGGAACCCAUUCAAUACCUAGAGGUAAGAAAAAGAGUACAGAUGAAAAAUAUCGAGCACCAAAUAUUUGUAUUGCCAAAGGUAAUUUAGGAGGUCCCAUAGAAUGUAGCUGUAAUAGACAUUUUACACUUAACGUUCCAGAUUUGAGGAAUAAUGAAGUAACUACAAGUCUUUGAAUACGUACAACGAAAGUAACCUAGUCGAAUUAUUUAUUUAAAAUUAUGAACACUUGAACAAAUAUUUGUAUGGGUAGGUUGUGAUGGCAGCCGUUAUAUGACUAACACUUGAAGUGAUGUUGAAAUAAAAUAUGAAAUCAU